AGGACACCCGCGGCGCCGUGCUCUUCGGCGCGGAGGCGCCCGAGCGCGGCGGGCGCGUCGUGACCGCCGUCGCCGGCGCGGGCCCGUCCACGCACGGGGGCCUCGUGACGCAGGUGUGCCCUGGCGGCGGCAGGCUCAUGUGGAAGAUCCGGCAGAUGGGCUCCAACCCGUUCGACCCGGCGGCGGCCUCCUUCGCCGCCGCGCCCGCGCCGACCCAAGCGGCGACGGACGACCACGGGGCCCCGAAGGCGGCGGUUUCGAAGGCGGCCAUGCCCAAGCGGUCUCGGUCCGAGGCGGCGGAGGCGGCGGGCAAACCAGAGGCCGAAGGCUCCACGCGGAGGAGAGCGGCGGAGGCCUCGGCCGCGAAGGCGGCGGCGGAGGCGGCGGAGGAGGCGAGAAGGGCGGUGGAGGCGGAGGGGGCGCGGCGGGCGGCGAAGAAGGCGGCGGAGGCCGGGAGGGCGGCGAAGAGGGCGGCGGAGGCCGAGGGGGCGGCGAAGAAGGCGGCGGAGGCCAAGGCCGAAGCCGAGGCCUCCGAGUCGGAGUCCGACAGCGACAGCAAGGACUCCCCGAGCGAGGACGAGGCCGACCCGCUUGGGAUCGAGCGCAGCCGGAGCAGGGACUACCAGUCCAAGGCAAUUGGAAAGAAUAAGACGGCCGACCAGAAGGCCCCGAAGGGCCGGAAACAGCCGCCCCGUCGCGGGGAGAAGGCGUCCAGGCGAGCCCGGUCGCGGUCUCGAGGGAGCUCCGCGCGGGCCAGGCGGAGGAC